AUGGAGGCUCAUGAGGCACCUCACCAAUAUCAACCAAUAAACUCCAGCGAAGAUAUCCGCGUCCUUCGUCUAGAGCCAGGCGCGUUUGCUGAGCCUCUCAUCGGUAGCCUCGUGGUGCGGAAGAUCGGAGAUGACGGAUACAAAGAGCACCUGCCAGCCUACGAUUGCGUUUCUUAUUGCUGGGGACCCCAAGAGCACUUCAGUUCCUUGGACUCCGACGGCAGAGCUCUUCGUAUUACGGUCGCUGUGGACGAGAUGUUACGAUACCUGCGGGACCCCAAAGAGCCGCGCUGUCUGUGGAUAGAUGCUAUAUGUAUCAAUCAAGCCGAUAACCAAGAGAAGAGUCAGCAAGUGCGUAUAAUGGACAGAAUUUAUGCCUCAGCUCAAGAAGUGCGGAUCUGGCUGGGACCAGCAACCGACGCAGAAAUUGAUGCUGCAUUCCCAUCGUUCAGUCCCAAAAACACUGACUUUAGAACUGCGUUUGUUAUUCUGGAGGAGAGAUUCCAGGAGUAUCCUGUCGGUGGCCAGACCCCAUUCUCGCCGUUGACGGAUGACUUCUUCUGUCGGUAUUGGUUCACACGACGGUGGGUACUACAAGAGGUGAUUCUGGCUCGUGUGGCAAUUGUUCAUUGCGGCCACUAUCAAGCCCCGUGGAAACGGUUCUCCGACGGCGCUAGUGCAAUCAGGUCU